AUUUGGCACACGAAGGAGGCCCAGAUGGUCUCUGCAUGGAACUCCACGUGCCCUUCGUAUUUUCCUUCCUCGACUCUCUUAAGAGCUAAGGAAACAAAAUCAAUAACAAAGCACAGAUAGACUUCUUCCAGUUCACAGUGAAGCUGAGCUCUCCCUCGAUCUUCAACUAUUCUUCACCUUUCAAUUCUAAUAUCUAAAUAAACAUAUCAGAAAUGCUUAGCUUAAAUAAAGAAGAACAGCAGUAGAGGAAGAUAAAGAAAUACAGAUAAGCAGAGCCCGUCGAGUGGAGGAGCGAAGGAACGAGGAAGAGAGAGAGGAAAGGAAUCGUCACUCUCAUCAAAAUCUCUGGAUCACGCUCUUUUCGGAGCUGUCGUUGCCACCUUCUUGUGCUGUUGAUACCUCAUCGACCCUCUUCUUCGUCUCUUCUUCCUCCUCCUCAUCUUAAUCGGCUUGAACGCACAAAAACCCAAGCCCUAGAUUUCGUUUUUCAUUGAUUCGUAUUUUCGUUUCAAUCUCUGCCGCCAUUUCUCCCAAUGGCAAUUGAUCAGAACUCAAUACCCAAAGAUCUUCGACCAUUGAACGUAGCUCGAACCAUUGCCGAAGAGCCUCGCAUUGCCGCCAAUGCUACUGCUGCUGUGAGGAACCUAGAGGGGUUUUUCCCACCGAAUCCGGUUGGUGAGGUCAUUAGCCCGAGGUCGAGACCGGCUUACUAUCCUGCAGUGACGGUUUCUGAUGCUGGAUUUGUAGGAUUAGGGUUUGGGAAUCCUCCCAUGGCUUGGUUCCCUUGCCCACCAACUGCUCCACUUGGCUCUGGUUGUGGCGGUGCUGUUGCUGCUGGGUUUCCUGAAGUUCCCAGUUAUGGGAACCGAAUUGGGAGCAAUGCGGUCGAUCAGGGGACCGAUGAGGGUGGCGAGGAUUCGGUUUCGGCGAAAAAAAUCAAGCUUCUGUGUAGUUUUGGAGGUAAGAUUCUCCCGAGACCCAGUGACGGGGCCUUGAGGUAUGUUGGAGGGCAGACGCGGAUAAUUGGAGUGAGGAGAGAUGUCAAUUUCAAUGACUUGUUGCAGAAGAUGAUGGAUAUCUCUGCGCAGCCUGUGGUAGUCAAAUACCAACUCCCUGACGAGGAUCUUGAUGCCCUUGUCUCGGUUUCCUGUCAAGAAGAUCUUGAGAACAUGAUGGAAGAGUACGAGAAGCUGGUGGAGAGCUCUUCUGAGGGUUCAGCCAAGCUUCGGGUGUUCUUGUUCUCAGCUUCUGAAAUCGACCCACCUGGGCUCCUUCAGUUUGAUGAUUUACAGGAUAAUGGGCAGAAAUAUGUGGAUGCUGUAAAUGGAAUUCCGGAAACUGUUGGUGGUGGUCUCACGAGGAAGGAGAGUAUAGCAAGUGCAGCAUCAACGCAGAACUCAGAUAGCCUUGUAAGUGGUGUUGAUGGCGUCGAUAGCUCAGGUCCUGGUCAAGGUGAUGGUUCUCCUAGAGUAACAGCCCCUGGUGGUGCUGCUGUUUCUGCUUCUCAUGAUGCUGCCUCUAGAUUGGUCUAUGUGGAUGCCAACCCUGUAAUGUAUGCUGAUGCUCCGGCUGUGCCAAUGGGUACUCCGGCGACGGUCUUGGCAACUCCGCCGCAGAUGCCUUCUUCCCGACCAGAGAAUGAGAUAGAGAGGACAUUGCCUGCAAUGGUACAAACACAGCCCCCAUUGGGUUUUGAAUUGCAUAAACCUUCUGCAAUGGAGUUUCCAUCUGCUGCAGCUUACAUGCAGGGUUAUGUAGAUCCCCACUUUUCUUCUCAAAUUGGGUAUGUAAAUCCUCAGCUGAUGGGUAUUUCACCAGGAUCCAUGUACUGGCAUGCUGAUCACACGCAACAGUUGCCUCAUCAGUUUGUAUCUGCUAUGCACAUGACAAUGGCUGCCCCAUCUCCUCACUUGGGCAUUAAACCAAAUGGAGUUCAGGCUGUUCAGCAAUUCAUGAAUCCUCAACAAGUCCGAAUGGAUUCAUAUACUGAAGAUAGUGCAUAUGGGCAAAGGGUAGUUCAAAGUCCUGGUGACCAGAACUUUUCAGCUUAUCAAACCCAGCCACCACCUUCCCAGGCACCUGCAGCAGCUCAGACAAGAGGGUAUAGUUGGCAUCAGGUACAGCCACCAGAGCAUGUAGUCUCUUAUGGAGGUUGGGUACCUCAGCAGCAGGGAAUGUUCCCAGACAAAAUUCAGAGAAUGGAUGACUGUUACAUGUGUCAGAAAGCUUUGCCACAUGUGCAUUCUGAUACUUUGUUGCAGUACCGAGGAGAGAGCAGUGCAAGUACCGUUUCUGAUACAAAUCUGGCUUUCCAUAGUCUCAAUACAGAAGAAAAUAUGAGAGCCCGACCAGCAAACAGAGUAGCAGUGACUGGAACUUUGGUGGAUGGCUCAGUUGAACACCAAGGAAGUGGGAAUAUACCCCGGGCGGUUGGUCAAAUAGAUGCUGAUGUUGCUGCCCCUCAGUAUGGGAUACUUGGAUUCCCACCGAAUCUGGAGGUGCAACAUGACAAUGAGAGAGUUCUAAAUCUAGACAGACAUGGUCAUCCAAGGAUGUUUUCCUCGGGUUUGAUGAGGGUGGCAGGUGAUGCACAGUCUUAUGGUGCAUUCAUGGGCAACAUCCCCCAGAGCCAGCAAGAAGAUGCUAUGCAGGAGCCCUUUGUGCCACUCCAAUACCAGGCUAAACAGGAGGCUUUCAUGAACAGACCAGUCGUUAAUGAUAAUCCUCCUGUGAGAGUUGUACCUUUCCAAACUUCUGAAACCUUGGUUAAUGAAUCUUCUACAGAGUAUUCUGGUAAGAUUCCUGGCUAUGUUAAGAAAGAUGUCUCUGAUUCUUCCACUUCAUAUGACCAUCUUAGAGCAAUUGAUGGAAGGAUGGAAGCGCUCCAAAUAAAUUCUCCUGAUGGUUCUGGUAGUAGUGAGCAGUUUAGAUCACCUGUCAAUAAACCUAAGAAGGAUGAGUCUCCGGAUAACGGAACACAAAUGGCGGAGCAGGAAAUGUUUCAGGUUAAUUCCUUCAUCCAGCCUGGGAUUUUUCCUGAUGGAAAUCACCUAAAUCCAAUUGGGGUUGUAACCCCUAACGAGGUUAUUCACUUGCAUAAUAUUCAACCUGUAGAGAGCAGUCAAUUAGCAAAAGCACCUGUUUUGGAAAACUCAGGACAGUAUCCGCAUCUAAAGAUGGGACAUCCACAGUUAGCUCCUGAUGAAAAAUGGCAUAGUAAAGCAGCAUUUUCAGGGGUUGAUUCAGCCUAUGCCACUGAUCGGAUAUCCCAACCAAUCGGUGAAUGGAAGGAUGCUGUAUUACAGUCAAGGGUGGUUCCUAAUGAUGUGGGAUCCAUUGCUGUUGCUGCAGCUGGUACUUUCCCAACUUCUAUACCUCUUCAGUCUGCAGUGAUUGCAGAUAACUGGGAUCCUGCUCCAUCAAGCUCGCUUUUCAGCAACCAAGAUCCUUGGAAUUUGAAACAUGACUCCCAUUUCCCACCUCCGAAGCCUAGCAAGGUUCCAACGAGCAGGGAACCCUUUUCUACGAGGGACUUGCCAGUUGAGAAUCCUUCAGGUAAUAAUGGGGAAUCAAGUGCAAAAAUGAGACUGGAAGAAGGAAUUCUCAACCAGUCAUCAGGCAACCUUAAGAAGGAUUUAAGUUCAGAAAACCUUCGGCUUUUGAAAGGCACAGUAGAGGAACAGAUCAAGCAAGAUCUUCAGGCUGUUGCAGAAGGUGUGGCAGCUUCUGUUCUUCAGUCAUCUACACAUUCUAAUCCUGACUUAUCCAUUCAGGAGAAUAACAAGGUCCAAGCUGAAUCCAACCGAGGCAGAGAACUUCCUGAUGUUGACGCAGAAGCACAAAGUAGAGCCAAAGUUGAGGAUAUUAAGCCCAAGCUAUCAGAUAAGACCGGUCCUCUUUUACCGAUUUCAGAUGGCAUUGGUCGCUUGCAGAUAAUCAAGAAUAGUGAUCUUGAAGAGUUGCGGGAACUGGGUUCUGGAACUUUUGGUACUGUGUAUCACGGAAAAUGGAGGGGUACUGAUGUUGCAAUCAAACGGAUCAAUGAUAGGUGCUUUUCUGGGAAACCAUCGGAGCAGGAACGCAUGAGAGAUGACUUUUGGAAUGAGGCAAUCAAGCUUGCAGACUUGCACCAUCCUAAUGUGGUAGCUUUUUAUGGUGUUGUCCUGGAUGGCCCUGGGGGUUGUGUGGCUACAGUAACUGAAUACAUGGUCAAUGGAUCACUUAGAAAUGCUUUACAAAAGAAUGACAAGAUACUUGAUAAGCGUAAGCGCAUCUUGAUUGCAAUGGAUGUGGCAUUUGGGAUGGAAUACUUGCACGGAAAGAAUAUAGUACACUUUGACUUAAAAAGUGACAACCUACUUGUCAAUCUUCGAGAUCCUCAACGACCAAUAUGCAAGGUUGGUGAUUUGGGCCUGUCGAAAGUAAAAUGUCAGACUCUAAUAUCUGGUGGAGUGCGUGGAACACUACCAUGGAUGGCUCCAGAACUUCUGAAUGGUAGCAGCAGUCUGGUCUCUGAGAAGGUUGAUGUAUUCUCUUUCGGCAUUGUCAUGUGGGAACUUCUCACUGGAGAAGAGCCCUAUGCAGAUUUGCAUUAUGGGGCUAUCAUAGGUGGCAUUGUUAGCAACACUUUGCGGCCACCAGUACCUGAAUCUUGUGAUCCUGUGUGGAGAUCGCUGAUGGAGAGGUGCUGGUCAUCUGAACCGCCAGAGAGACCGAAUUUCACAGAGAUUGCAAAUGAGCUACGUGCUAUGGCUGCAAAUCUUCCUCCAAAGGGACAAGCUCAUCAACAGCAAACUCAAAAAUGAUUUUUGGGCUUCACAUGUCCAUCUUGCAUCUUUCCUGAACUUCCCUUUCCCCUCCCCGCCGCCCACCCCACAAAAUGGGAAGAGUGUCUUCAUGUGCUCAGCUCAAAUGGUGGCAUCCACAUUUUGAAUAUGACCUUCAGAUCUUUGUUCUGAUCAUAUUGGGUAUUCUGGGAAACUAAAUAGCUUUGACCAAAGGAAAAUUUAUAGUUAUUGGUUUUCUGAUGUCUAAAAGAAUUUAUGUUACCUGGCUUUCUUAAGACACAGGUUCACUGAUGUCUUGGUGUAAAAUAGGUUUUUGGGCCCAUUUUGUUUGGGACUGUAAAGAAGAAAUUUCAUUACUGUUAAAAUGAAGAUGCUUUCAUUGUUAAA